AGCUCGUGCAUCGCUGCAGUGAGUGCGCGGGUGCCAGCGGCUCGGGAUCGGAGCAGCUCGGGGCUGCUCGGUGUCUCUCUUGGUCGGGCUUGGACAUCAUUUAAACCCCCCUGGUCGACUGGAGACGGGGCUUUUUUAACGACUGCAAGAAUGUGACUCUUGUAUGCAUCCGUUUUUUAUUUUUUUACCCUAUUAAAUGGUCCCGACUCUGCUGAUCGAGAAGACGGUUUGGUUACAUUUAUUUUUUUUAUUAUUUCGUUCAUCAUCUGUUUCCUCAGUGCGGAAAACACCUGGACUGGUGUCAGGGUAACCGUCCGGGGUUAGGAGGAGAUUCCAGUUUUUAUACCGGGAGUGGGCAUUAAUAUGUCCAGGCGAAAACAGACCAACCCCUUCAAAGUUAACUGUAGGUAUUCCAGGGCCAUUCCACACUUCUGGCAUCACAGGAUUUCAGCACACUAUUAACAUGGAUGGCAGGGACGAAUUCACCGAAGACAGUGAAUGCUGCAGCAACAACUCCCAGGAAGUCCAAGAGCAGGAUAGCAUCUCAGAAGACAGUGAUAGUGAUCCUGACAACCACGGUGAAGACUCGUCCUCCAACACCUCCGCCGACGACCACAUGACCACCAAGAGAUCACAGUGCUGCCUACAAGGAGCAGGAGUCAAAAAGGAGAGCGAGGAAGGGGCAGACCACGGCAUCAACUUUGUUUGUCCUCUCUGCACGCUGGAUUUCAGCAGCCCCGAGAAGCUGAUCUCCCAUGUCUACCAGCACACAACGAUGAUGAGCAACUCCAAGAGCUAUGUGUGCCCAGUGUGUGGGCGAGCCCUGAGUUCGCCUGGCUCGCUUGGACGGCAUCUUCUCAUCCACUCUGAGGACCGCCUCUCCAACUGCGCUGUCUGUGGCGCACGCUUCACAGACACCAACAACUUUAACAGGGAGAAGCUUAAAGAUGUCCUCGACACAACCAGGAUGGAUGUCACCGGUGGAAGGGACACCUGUUCCAUGUCCCUCUCGAGCAGCCCCAUGUCCAGCCCGGGCCCUGGCAGUUGCUCCUGCCACGGACCAGGCCCCAGCCCCAGCUCGUGUCAGGGCCCUCACCCCUGUCACACACCUGACCUCAACUCCAGUCUAUGUCAAGCCCAUCGUACCUGCCAGGGAGCAGGCCAUAUCUCGAGCCAGUGUCAAGGCCCCAGAGCGUGUCACGGCCCGGGCCCAGGAUCUGGAUCGUGCUCAGGCCCAGGACCAUGCACAGGUUCUGACCAAGGACCCUCCUUUCCCUCACUGCCCGACAGUCUCCUCUCUGAAGGGCCAUCACUCGCAUCUAUCCCCGAUGCUCUUAACUCCUCUUCCUCAAGCCUCCCUCCUAUCCCCGACAUCCUGAGCCCCAUGCCGGUGUAUCCUGCCGGAGUGCUGCUGGUGUGCAACAGCUGCGUGGCCUAUCAGCAGUUAGUCGAGGCCCAGUCGCCGAUGCGAAAAUGGGCUCUGCGUAGGAAGAACGAGCCCUUGGAGGCCCGCAUGCAGCGUCUGGAGCGCGAGCGCACGGCAAAGAAGAACAAGCGGGCGUGUGAGACGGAAGAGGAGAGGGAAAUAAGGAGGCUGAGGGACCGCGAAGCCAAGCGCAUGCAGAGGAUGCAGGAAUCAGAGGAGCAGCGGGCACGUAGGCUGCAGAGAGACAGGGAGGCCAUGCGUUUAAAGAGGGCCAACGAGACACCGGAGAAGAGGCAGGCCAGGCUGAUCCGCGAGAGGGAGGCAAAGAGGAUCAAGCGGCGGCUGGAGAAGAUCGACCCUGCUCUGAGGACACAGAUAGAGCAUGACCCUGCUGCGAUGGCUGCCCUCACAGCGGACAUGAGUCUCUUUCAGUUCCCCUGCCCCAUGCCUGUCCCUUCUAUUGAUAAUGGUCUGUUCAUGAAACUGCCCUAAUUGGACAGGCCACUGGGUGGGGUUGGGGGCAAUUGGCUUCCAGCAGCAUCAUUAACCUCUGCACAUCCAGCUGCCAUGGUCACAGUGAACCAUUCCUAGCUGGUUCACAUCUAGCUUCUUCUGUCGAACAGCUGCACACUCAAACUGCUUUGUUAAAUACAGCAAAAAAAACUUCAAUUUCUAAUUUAUUGCAGUCGAGAAAACCUUGGGAACAGGGUUGAGAAUGUUCCAUGUUGUACUGAUGACAACAUAAAAGCAUGUUGUAAAGAGA